AUGACUGCAUUCUAUCUAAGCACCGAUAAAAAUGUGAAAGACGCAGUGAAAGCAUAUUUACCACCAACCAAGGAGAUGGCUAAAACAUGCAGGAUAAACAUAGCGACAGCAUCAAGGCAGGAAAUGGAGUUUCUCCGCUCUGUGAGGGCACAUUACGACAUCUGCUACAUGUGUGAUGAUUUCGAAGAAAACUGCACCACCGUUGGAAUAUGUCCAAAAUCGUCAUCUUGCUACCGCGGAGAAAGCCACGACAUAAGGUUAUGGCCAACGUUAACUGGUGAGGCGAGGCUCCUCCAUCCUCCUGCUGUGACACACGGUUGUUGCGAUACGUCCAAGUCACACUGUAGAUCGGGGACGCAUUUAGUGUACGAUCCCAACAACUCGAAACUCAAACGUGCCAACUACACAAUGAGUGUGUGCUCUGACUCGUAUCCAGUCCCGUGUAACUCAGAUCACACAUCUGCGCAAAGCAACUUCUCUCGGCUGCUGGCUACACUCGACGGACAUUGGGGCUCAUGGUCCGCCUACGGAGCAUGCGCAGUUACGUGCGGUUCCGGGAAGAAAACCAGGCACCGAUCAUGUGACAAGCCAGCGCCUGCGCAUGGCGGCCAUACUUGUUCCGGUUCAUCGACGUCUGAUACGACGUGUUUGUUAGGAGAUUGCCCGGUCGAUGGUCAUUGGGGUUCGUGGUCCUCUUACGGCGCAUGCACAGUAACGUGCGGUACUGGGAAGAAAGCAAGGCACCGGUCAUGUAACAGUCCCGCGCCUGCGCAUGGAGGUCAAUCUUGUUCCGGAUCUUCGACGUCUGAUACCACGUGUUCGUUGGCAGCUUGCCCGGUAAAUGGUCAAUGGGGUACUUGGUCGGCUUACGGUGCAUGCUCAGUGACCUGCGGUGCUGGAAACAAAGGAAGGCAUCGGUCAUGUGACAGUCCCGCGCCAGCGCAUGGAGGUCAUUCUUGUUCCGGACCUUCGACGUCCGAUGCCACGUGUUCGUUGGGAGAUUGCCCGGUAAAUGGUCAAUGGGGCACUUGGUCAGCUUACGGCGCAUGCUCAGUGACUUGUGGUGCUGGGAACAAAGUCAAGCACCGGUCAUGUGACAGUCCCGCGCCUGCGCAUGGCGGCCAUACUUGUUCCGGUUCUUCGACGUCUCAAUCAACGUGUUCGUUGGGAGAUUGCCCGGUUGAUGGUCAGUGGGCCACUUGGGCUACCUGGGGCGCGUGCAGUGUCACGUGCGGUUCUGGAACGAGCACGAGAACACGUGGCUGUCACGCGCCACAAUAUGGCGGCAAACCGUGCAACGGCCACUCAACUGACCAGAAAACUUGCACUAUGGUCAAUUGUCCAGUGGAUGGACAUUGGAACUCGUGGUCGGAAUAUGGAACGUGUGACGUCACUUGUGGCACGGGGUCACAAUCAAGGUCACGCACGUGUCACGAGCCCAUACAUGGCGGAAAACCGUGCAGUGGAGACGCUACCGGCACAAGAUCGUGCGAAAUGACGUCGUGCCCAGUUGAUGGACGCUGGAACACGUGGUCAGAAUGGGGAACGUGUGGCGUCACUUGUGGCACGGGGUCACAAUCAAGGUCACGCACGUGUCACGAGCCCAGAUAUGGCGGAAACCCGUGCACCGGUCAUUCCAGCGACACAAAGACGUGCACCAUGAUUAACUGUCCGGUCGAUGGAAGCUGGAACACGUGGUCAGAUUGGGGAAAGUGUGACGUCACAUGUGGGUCCGGAUCGCAAACUAGGUCACGCACAUGUCAUGAGCCCACAUAUGGCGGGAAACCGUGUUUGGGUUCACGUACUGGCACCAAAGCCUGCACGAUGGUAGCCUGUCCAGUCGAUGGACACUGGAGCACGUGGUCUGACUGGGCAACGUGUGACGUCACGUGUGGAACGAGCACCCACCUUCGGUCACGUGGCUGCACUAACCCCGCCCCUAAAAAUGGCGGACGACAGUGUGUGGGGAGUUCUACUGAUACAGAGGAAUGUGAAAUGGUUGAAUGCCCAGUGGACGGUGGAUGGGGUCAUUGGACCGCUUAUAACAAAUGCUCACAGACGUGUGGCGGGGGUCAACAGGCAAGGUCAAGGUCAUGCGACAAUCCAACGCCAAAAUAUGGCGGGAAGCAAUGUUUGGGUCAAUCACAACAUACACAGCAAUGUGGAACAGCUCCAUGCGUUGUUGACGGCGUUUGGUCUACGUGGCAAGCUUGGAGUGGGUGUUCUGUCACAUGUGCAGGCGGAAAUAGGACGAGAACGAGGCUAUGUGAUAAUCCCGCACCGAAAAAUGGCGGAGCGGAUUGUAAGGGAGAUAACUCGGGAACCGAACAUUGUAACACUGAUGCAUGUCCAACAUGGUCUGGCUGGUUCGCAGCCCCUUGUUCAGUCACGUGUGGCAGCGGAACACGCAUGCGCCUGCGCCACUGUAGUUCCGGUACCGACUCCGAUUGUGGUAGUGGCAAUGCGUUUGAAAAUUUGGCGUGCAUGGACCAACACUGUCCAGUCGACGGUAAGUGGGGCGAGUGGAAGGAGUGGACCACGUGCUCGGCAUCUUGUGAUCAGGGCACACGCUCCCGGUCACGUGAUUGUGAUGACCCGGCUCCCAAAUAUGGCGGGAAACAGUGUGUUGGCAGUGGCUCUGACGAAGGAAUGUGUCAAAUAAAGGAAUGCCCGCACUGGUCGUCAUGGCAAAAUGUGGGCAAAUGCAGUGUGACGUGUGGGCAGGGUUUCUUAGUGCUCAAGCGCAUGUGCAGUACCGGAAACGAUGUAGAUUGCACGGGAAGUUCCGCGGAUGAGCGACCAUGUAUUCCCACAGAAUGUGUUUGAAAAAUACAUCACCGUUCGUGUCGCUUGUUAUGUUGUUAUUUAGAUUAAAAGUCGAUUGGAUAAUCUGAA